AUGGAGGAUCGACGGAUCAGAUUCAGAUCACUCGUUUCGUCCAAUCUUUCCCAGCCGUCAAUCGAGACGCCUCUGGUUGCAAAAUCAAGAUCCAACCGGCGGGCCAACCCGAAUAGGUUGAUCUUGUCUGUGCUAUUCGGAUUCAACUUGGCAAUCGGGUACCUUCUGAUGCUGGCAAUCAUGUCAUUUAAUGGAGGGGUGAUCGUGGCUGUUGUUUUGGGGCUAAAAGUUGGCUAUUAUCUGUUCAGGAGUGGACUGGAUGCUGAUGAUGUCUUGACUGUGGAAAACCCAUGCGCUUGUUCUUGA